GCGAACUAGAAGUGUGAUUCAGCGGUUUCCCAACUGAAACUGGACUCUCUUCGGUCAUAACUAGAAGCAAGUGCUUCUCAGAGCGACGGGCUCUGACAGACUGGACUUUGAGAUAAAAGGUAAAAAUGCUUCGUGGCUGUUGAACUGUGGUGUGGAUCAACCAAGCUGGGAAAUGUCGAAAAUCUCCAUUUUGAAGCAGAGGGAAUGGCAAAGAGGAUUGCAGAUAAGGAGCUGACUGACAGGAAUUGGGAUCAGGAGGAUGAAGGAGAAGAGGCUGGGACGUUCUCAAUCGCAAGUGAAGAUGUGCUGAAGAAUCGAGCCAUUAAGAAGGCCAAGCGCAGAAACCCUGGAGCUGAGGGUGACGGUGGAGCAGCCUUUCGUGGAUUUAAAGGAUUCUCUGCGGCUCCGUCAGCGAUACCAGCUCCCUUCUCGGGGUUUGGAAAGGCUGGAAGCUUCGAAGGAUUCGGUCUGACCAACGGGGGCAGCAAGGCUCUGUACACUGGGGUCUCCAGUGCCACAGUAGGUCUGACCUUCAAUGGGCCCUAUGUCCCACCGACUGCUGACAUCACCACCCGACAGACCAAUGGCUCCUCCCCCAGCCCAACCCAGAGUAACAAGGAGUACCGGCGGCAACUGACAGCGCUGAACUGCUCUGUCCGUGACUGGAUCACCAAACAUGUGAACGACAACCCUCUGUGUGACCUGAACCCCAUCUUCAGGGAUUAUGAACGCCAUCUCAGCAGCAUCGAGCAGCAACAUGGAGGAGGAGAAGCUGCUGAUGGAGGCUCGGAGACUCCUCCUCCUUCAGCAGCUCUGUUCUCUUUCAGUAGAACCACAUCAGAGGACUUGGCCCAAAAAGUCUCUGGCACUGCUCCAGUGGCUUCUGGCAUCACGUUCAAUUUUGGCCAGAAGGUUGACAGCUCCGUUCUAGGAUCUUUAAGGUCCAAAUCAGCUGCCUCCAGCUUCUCUUUCUCCUCUUCAAGCCAGACCUCCCUUUUUGGAGCUCCUGGACCUGCUGCUCUGCCACCCUUCGGUGGGACCAAACCCGAUGAGGCUGCAGAUGAAAAUGGAGAUGAGGAGUCGGAAGAGCCACCCAAACCAGAGGUGAAGGAAGUGAAGGAGGAUGACGCAUUUUACUCAAAGAAGUGCAAACUGUUCUACAAGAAGGAGGCGGAGUUUAAGGAGAAAGGAGUUGGAACGCUGCACCUAAAAAACACCUCAGAUGGAAAGAUCCAGAUGAUCAUUCGUGCGGACACCAACCUGGGAAACAUUCUGCUGAACAUCAUUGUGCAACACUCCAUGCCGUGUUCUCGGGUCGGGAAGAACAAUGUGAUGGUGGUUUGUGUUCCAAACCCACCCGUCCAUGACAAAAACCCCAGUGGUCCAGUUCCCCUCCUGAUCCGGGUCAAAACUGAUGAAGAUGCCGAUGAGCUCCACAAACUUCUGGAAGAGAGAAAAGGAUGAGCACCCCACCCUCUGAACCAGAACCCCCUGCAGCUUUUACCUGCUUUAGUCUGGACUAUGGUGGUUCUGAACUGUCCUGUCAUCAGUGAAAUGUUCCUUCUUUUAUUCUGAAGGUGUGCUUCUGACUACAUUCCUCCCCUCCCACUCUGGUAUCAUCUCUGCCAACCUACUUUUACCUGUUUGAUCUGGAGCAUGAAUCCACUGGAUCUGGUUUUGGGGAGACCUCCAAACUGGGUCAGACCAUUUGCUUUCAUAACAGUUAUUAUUAUUUUUUUAAGAGCCUUUUAUUCAGGAAACUAUUUAUUGUUGGCAGAUUUUUGUUAACACCUGGCCCAACAGAACUUUGUUGUCCUGUAAACAUGGACUCUGUACCUGUCCAAGUGUCCUUCAUCUCUUCUCCAGGAGGAGAGGCUCUGUUUCAACAUUGAUAAAUAAAAGGAACCAAACA